AGCGCCCCUCCACCCUUUGCGCGCCCAGCUGUUUCUAUAGGAACCGCGACAGCGCCCGGGCCCCUCCGGCAGAGGCCCCGGUGCGAGCAUGCCCAGUGGAAGCCACUAGUUUGGCUCCGGUCUAGGUUUCCAGUAAGUGGCCUGCGGGACUCCGGAGAGAUCCCCGUGAGCUGAGCGGAGAGUCUUUGUGUGCAGAAGGAGGAGGCGGUGGCGGCGGCCGCCUGACCUGGAGACCCCGCCCGGGAGCCCCCGCCAGGAACAAUGCUAGCCUGCUUGACCCGGGGGAACUUACUGGACGUCCUGCAGGAGGGCUUCAAUGAGCAACAGCUCCAGGCGUAUGUGGCCUGGGUGAAUGCACAGCUCAAGAAGAGGCCAGCAGUGAAGCCCGUGCAGGACCUGCGACAGGAUCUUCGGGAUGGGGUGAUCCUGGCAUAUCUCAUCGAGAUCGUUGCAGGAGAAAAGCUGAAUGGGGUACAGUUGAGUCCCAGUAACCAACAGGAGAUGAAGAACAAUGUGGAGAAAGUGCUACAGUUCGUGGCCUCCAAAAAGAUUCGUAUGCACCAGACUUCGGCUAAAGAUAUUGUGGAAGGAAACCUGAAGUCUAUCAUGAGGCUGGUCCUUGCCUUGGCAGCUCAUUUCAAACCUGGCUCCAACAGGACAGUGAGCCAAGGACGGGACUCCAGAACCCCUCUGCAGAGUCACCAACCACACUGUGCCACUGCUGUGGCCCAGGGGGCAGCUGCCGCUCUGGCCGAUGUGUGUCAUGACAUGUCACGGUCGGGACGGGAUGUCUUUCGAUACAGGCAGAGGAACAACAGCGUGGACGAGGAGAUUGAGAACCCUUACUGGAGCGUGCGAGCCCUGGUGCAGCAGUAUGAAGGGCAGCAGAGGUCCCCAUCUGAGUCCAGCUGUAACAGCCUGACUUCACCCAGUCCUAUCCACAGCGCAAAGAGCGAGUCCAUUAUAACCCAGUCGGAGGAGAAGGCAGAUUUUGUGAUUAUUCCCUCUGAAGGGAUAGAGAACAGAACAGAGGAGACAGACUCUCCGUUUUCCCGAGACUGGCGACCAGGCAGCCCCGGGACCUGUCUGGAGACCUCAUGGGAAGAACAGCUGCUGGAACAACAAGAACAUUUAGAAAAAGAAAUGGAGGAAGCAAAGAAAAUGAUAUCAGGAUUACAGGCCUUACUGCUCAAUGGAUCCUUACCUGAAGAUGAACAGGACAGGCCCUUGGCCCUCUGUGAACCGGGAGUCAAUCCUGAGGAGCAACUGAUUAUAAUCCAAAGUCGUCUGGAUCAGAGUAUGGAGGAGAAUCAGGACCUAAAGAAGGAGCUGCUGAAAUGUAAACAAGAAGCCAGAAACUUACAGGGGAUAAAGGAUGCCUUGCAGCAGAGGCUGACUCAGCAGGACACAUCUGUUCUUCAGCUCAAACAGGAACUGCUGAGGGCAAAUAUGGACAAAGACGAGCUACACAACCAGAAUGUGGAUCUGCAGAGGAAGCUUGAUGAGAGGAACCGGCUCUUGGGAGACUAUAAAAAAGAGCUGGGGCAGAAGGAGCGCCUCCUUCAGCAGCACCAGGCUAAGUUGGAAGACGCACUCCGGAAACUCUCUGAGGCCAGUUACCAGCAGGUGGAUCUAGAGCGGGAGCUAGAACACAAAGACGUCCUUUUGGCUCACUGUAUGAAAAGAGAGGCAGACGAGGUGACCAGCUACAACAGACACAACUCUCAAAGCAAUGGUUUUUUCCUUCCAGCGGCAGGAAAAGGAGCUGCUUCCAUCACUCACAAAGGGACCAGCGAUCUGCAGCUGGUUCGAGAUGCCCUCCGAAGCCUGCGCAAUAGCUUCAGUGGCCACGAUCCUCAGCACCAUACCAUUGACAGCUUGGAACAGGGCAUCUCCAGCCUUAUGGAGCGCCUGCAUGCCAUGGAGAGCCAGAAGAAACAAGACAGAAGGGAUUUUUGUGUGGCUCCUCAGGUUCGGGGCAAGUUACCAAGAACUCAAGCAGGUAGUGAAUACCGGGAAUCCUGGCCCCCUAAUUCAAAGUUGCCUCACUCACAGAGCUCUCCGGCUGUCAGCAGCACCUGCACUAAAGUGCUCUAUUUCACUGACCGGUCACUUACACCCUUCAUGGUCAAUAUACCAAAGAGGUUGGGGGAGGUGACACUAAAGGAUUUUAAAGCAGCCAUUGACCGGGAGGGGAAUCACCGGUAUCAUUUUAAAGCACUGGAUCCUGAGUUUGGCACUGUCAAAGAGGAGGUUUUCCACGAUGACGAUGCCAUCCCUGGUUGGGAAGGGAAAAUUGUAGCCUGGGUGGAAGAAGACCAUGGAGAGAAUUAAUGCUGAGUAUUAGACUGGGGGCUUGUGGAACUUGGCACCCCCUGGCUGUUUCACUCAGGAAAGAGGACUAAAACCAGAAUACACUAAGAAGUUUCUAGUUCGUGCUACCAAAACAGAAGCUUCUCCAAGUGUAACAGCCCCAGGCCAGUGCUGUUUCUGUGCCUGGUAUAUGUAGUACAUUUUUUAAAACCCCUGUCAACUGUAGACCAUGGGUCCAUCUGGAGUUCCUUGUCCGUGGGAACACAGUGUUUUAUUCUACUCUGAGGACAACAAACCAAAGGCCUUAACCAAUGGGAAUGGAUGAUCCCGCUCCUGUAGGGGCAUGGCUGCUAUUAUCUGGAACCUGGGAAUUGGAUGCAUCACUCCUGUGUGUUACAGUUUUAUUUUAAUUGGCCUCAAUGGUUGCAGCAAUCAGAGUCCCAGCAUUUGUACUCACAGACAAGGCAAAGGUACCAGCUUUUUUGCUUCUUUGCAGCUAUUGCAAACCAAGAAUAACUCAUGAGGCGGUACCAAAGAUGAAAACCCACUCUUCAGGAAUUUUUUGGACCGGACAUGGAUGGUGCUGAACUGUUGACUGGAUGGAAAAAGCCCAUAUUGUGCUAUACUUGCUAAAACAGCGAUUGAGGAAGACCUUUGGCUGCCUCUUGUGUCUUAACUGGUUCUGCAACUUGUCCUUUAGCCCAUGGAGGGCAUGUUUCAUGUACUGCCAGUUUUCUCUAGGGACUCUGUCACUGUAGAGCCAUGUUUUCCCCUUCCAACUGAUGAACUUUGUGUUUGAAAGGAAAAAGGAGUUUAAAGUCUCCUUAAAAAUCCAGGCGGGUAUGGAAAGGUGCUGCUACCCAUAUUUUCUUGACUUUCUUUCUCUCAUGACUUCCUGUAGCUCGUGGCAUCUCCUCUGCAGUCAAAAGGAGACAGACCAUUAAUUUUGGUAUUUGUGAUUUAUGAGUAUUGAGCAUGAGUCACUGGUCUUCCCCUCCUCAUUUCAAGGCCAGAGUUAUUUUCUAUUAUAUAUUUAGUCUAGGUUGAUCCUUUAGGGCACAAUAGGAACCAUGGGGCAUGGAGCAUGAGUUGUGAAUGGCAGGGUUGAUUCUGGGUAAAAAACCUAGAAUCCUUUCUCAUGUGCAACACUGUCCAGUGUAGAAGCUAAAAGAAGAGUUAAACUUUCAGAGAUUACUGAAUAACUAGGGUUUUCUCAGUCACUUACCAAACACCAUCAACUAAUCAGCCAUAUGUAUAUAUAUGUAUGUACACACACACACACACACACACAUAUUCAUUCCCCAAAGCAGUCAGCCUGUGACCACUGCCAACCAGAAGAGUCAGACAUGUCAGUUCUGGGUUCUUGAUCUGUCUGUCUCUAUUUCAUCUCCCUUUUCCAACUGUUUUAACAAACUACUCACUGGAGCUCUGAAAUGACAUUUUGUUGUUUUAUAUAGAUGUGUCUUUUAAAAAUAGUUCAUGUUUGGAGAA